AUGGCUCAUUAUUUUCCUUUCAGGCGCAAGAAGCCAACCGAUAAGGAGAAAGCAGAGGAGAAUCUCAUAAAGCGAUAUGACGGCGAACACCAUCGAUCAUCUGGAAUGCGGUUCCAGCGACCUUCUGCCAACCCGGAAACAAUUCACGAUCGCCUGCUAGAGCUAGAGGAUACUAGCUAUGGGUACGACAAGAAAAAGUAUCUGAAUCCUAAUGGAGACAACGAUCACGAAAAGUACACCGACAUGGACACAUAUUACAGCACAAACAAAGAGUAUCCACGUCGACUGGUCGUGCAGGCAGCUCCAGAACUCGAUGAAGGGACCGAGUAUCUCCCUCGUCAAUGGGGGCGGCGCCCCAUUCGUGGGAGAGUCCCAUUCAUCAUCACCCUGGCCGAACUUUGCUUGAACCCGUUUGGUUUUCACCGCUUCGACGGUGUUCGAGUCAAGAAAUACGAAGAUGAAAGGAAAGAUAUGUCUCAAAAGCAGAACAAUUUGAUAUUGAAAAUAUUAAGAGCCAGCAUACAAAUCCUGUCCUGGAUUCGGUCGAUACUGAUCGCCUUGAUCUCAUCAGCCCUACAUUGGAUCACAUCAAUUCUGCUCACCUUGAUACUAUCUUGGAUUAUUCCAGUUGUGAUCUUUUUCGAUAUUUGUACCCCACCAUGGAGUGAGAACGGCCCAUCUGAGCCCUACAAAAAGUAUCAGAAUGUUUACUGGCACUGGCCCAAACAUGCAAUGAAUCCACUAGACCAGUCCCCCGACAAUUAUCGACCGCAGUCAAAUGUUGCGAGUCUUACGAUUCCUUCCCGCUUGGUGGUGAAAGACCAAACUACCAAUCAGUGGACUCCCAAGAAGACCAAGGACAUUCGUGAUAAAAAGACGGGCAUGCUGCAACCUUACAUCUUCCUGAGCUUCUCGCGGGCCAAUUAUCCUGGCAUUGAAAAAGAGGAAUUACGCAAGAUGUUGUAUCAAGUGGCUGAGCGCAUGCUCCAGCACGAAAACCUUCAUAAGGACCCGCAUGACCCUCCACUAGAAGCAUUCUGGAUGGACAUCGAUUGCGUUUCGGACGAUAAGAGUAUACCAGCCCGUCGUUUCGAAUCUGAAUACACCCGAGAUGUCAACUCGAUUUGCGAUGCGGUCCGCUGUGCGAAGCGAGUAUAUGUAGUCCUGCCGACUGAAAGUGGGGAGGACAAAAAGAUAUGGGGACAACGGAUAUGGACAUUUCCGGAAGUCCUCCUCGCUGCCAACAGAAUCCGAUACUGUUUCACCCAUUCUAAAUAUAUGUCUUUGCUCACACCCCAUGAUGUCACAUUGAGUGACAUGAAACAAAGCUUCUGGGAGCGCACUAAGUCAAAUUCGGAUGAACAUGAAGAUGAAGACGCCGUAGGCUGCCUCAUCAAUCAUCAUACCAACAGUCUUCAGCUUAGUGAGCUACAAUUGUUCACUUUUGCGGUCCAAGCUAUGGCAAUGCAGACAACUAGCGUCGACACCCAGGGGUAUGAGACCAAGCAUAUGGCCUACGCUGCGAUGGGACUUUUGUCCUAUCGACUUACCCCCAAUGAUUCCGAUAACGUCUUCCAGGCCAUUGCACGACUAUCCAUCGUGAACGAUAGCAAUCAACUACUUGAGCGUCUCCUCUGUCUGUCGCCGGACCCGAAACAUUCCACAAAGGAUAGGCUACCUAUAUUGGCCCCAGCUGGCAGUCAAGCGAUUCUUCGCAAUAUCGCAGAUAAAGAUCAAUACGGUACUCAUCUUUGGGACAUUAAACCAAUUUGUGAUGUGGUUGGUGUUGGCAACGAUUCAGAAGAGCCCACGGUCAUCAUAAAUCGCUGCCGAGGCAUCCCCAUCCGAUGGAAGAAUUUCCCAAAAUUGAAGUAUACCAAAGGCCUCGAUGGGGGGAUUAGUACUGCCAUCUCAAAGGUAAUCAUCUAUCUUGGUAUCGGGCUUGUAGGGAAUGGUUUUGCUCUCUUCCCACCGGCUAUUGCGCUUGCGGUUUCAGUCAUUCCAUGGGGAGAGCAACCUCCGGUGAUAGCGCAGAUGAUGGAAUUUAUCCUGCACACAAUUGUGCCUCGCUACCUAUUGGCUGUUCCUAUGUACCUCGGAAUCGUCUGGAUCAUCUCCUGGUUCUGUCCUUGGGCGGUACGAAAGCUCUGCAGCGAUGUCCAGGGAAGCUCCAACCAUCUUGUCGGAUUUGAAGGCACGAUGUCAUUGCAUGACCUUGAGAAAACUAUCUACGGUAAUUUCAAUGAUCGCCUGUCGUAUACGGCCUCGUCGACUGUCUUCUCUGGGAAACUCCGACAUAAAGAGCUCCGAAUGAGCAAAGAACCUAUUCAGAAAUAUUGGAGGCAAAAGUUUGAAGAACUGAAGCUCCCUAAAACGCACCGUAUCUUCACCCUCGUGGACACGGGCAAUAUUACUGUGUCGGUGAUUUCUGCUGAGCGACCACCUGUCGUGGCUUUGAUAUGUGGGCGGGAAGGUGGCAUUGCUGUGCAGCUGGCGCUUUGA